CAUGCGCGGCUCGCUGUGUCUGGCGCUGGCAGCGUCGAUCUUGCACGUGUCCCUCCAAGGCGAGUUCCAGAGGAAGCUCUACAAGGACCUGGUGAAGAACUACAACCCCUUGGAGAGGCCGGUGGCCAACGACUCGCUGCCGCUCACAGUCUACUUCUCCCUCAGCCUCCUGCAGAUCAUGGACGUGGAUGAGAAGAACCAAGUGUUGACCACCAACAUUUGGCUGCAAAUGACUUGGACAGAUCACUAUUUACAGUGGAAUGCGUCUGAGUAUCCAGGCGUGAAGACGGUUCGUUUCCCAGAUGGCCAGAUCUGGAAGCCAGACAUUCUCCUCUACAACAGUGCUGAUGAACGGUUUGAUGCUACGUUCCACACCAAUGUGCUAGUGAAUUCCUCCGGGCACUGCCAGUACCUCCCUCCAGGCAUCUUCAAGAGCUCCUGCUACAUUGACGUGCGCUGGUUCCCCUUUGAUGUGCAGCAGUGCAAACUGAAGUUUGGGUCCUGGUCUUAUGGAGGGUGGUCCUUGGAUCUGCAAAUGCAGGAGGCAGACAUCAGUGGCUAUAUCCCAAAUGGAGAAUGGGACCUUGUGGGGAUCUUGGGCAAGCGGAGUGAGAAGUUCUACGAGUGCUGCAAAGAACCCUACCCAGACGUGACCUUCACAGUCACCAUCCGCCGCAGGACUCUCUAUUAUGGCCUCAACCUGCUCAUCCCCUGUGUGCUCAUCUCUGCCCUGGCCCUCCUUGUCUUCUUACUCCCUGCAGACUCUGGGGAGAAAAUCUCCCUGGGGAUCACAGUUUUACUCUCCCUCACCGUCUUCAUGCUUCUGGUAGCUGAGAUCAUGCCUGCGACCUCUGACUCAGUGCCCUUAAUAGCCCAGUACUUCGCCAGCACCAUGAUCAUCGUGGGCCUCUCUGUGGUUGUCACGGUGAUUGUGCUACAGUACCACCACCACGACCCUGAUGGUGGCAAGAUGCCCAAGUGGACCAGAGUCAUCCUCCUGAACUGGUGCGCCUGGUUCCUUCGCAUGAAGAGGCCCGGGGAGGACAAGGUGCGGCCAGCCUGCCAGCACAAGCAGCGCCGCUGCAGCCUGGCCAGCGUGGAGAUGAGCGCAGUGGCGGGGCCACCAGCCACCAAUGGCAACCUGCUGUACAUUGGCUUCCGCGGCCUGGACAGCAUGCACUGCGCACCCACCCCUGACUCAGGGGUCGUGUGCGGCCGUGUGGCCUGCUCCCCCACUCAUGACGAGCACCUGUUGCAUGGCGGCCAGCCCUCUGAGGGGGACCCGGAUCUGGCCAAGAUCCUGGAGGAGGUACGCUACAUCGCCCACCGCUUCCGCUGCCAGGACGAGAGUGAGGCCGUGUGCAGCGAGUGGAAGUUUGCGGCCUGUGUGGUGGACCGCCUGUGUCUCAUGGCCUUCUCCGUCUUCACCAUCCUCUGCACCAUCGGCAUCCUGAUGUCGGCACCCAACUUCGUUGAAGCUGUGUCCAAAGACUUCGCUUGACCCAGCCCUGGCUCCCAUUGUGUAGGACAUACACAGAUGCGCGAUGAUGAUGGCUUAAAGAGAACUUGGGAUGGCUGAUUCCACAGCAGCAUUAAACCCCAGAAGACACAUAUGUACCCCAUUGCUGUCAUGUCGGUUUCAGUUUCCUUGUUACUUUCAGUAAUGGGAUCUCAGCACAUUUCAGUUUACCCCUCUUUAGUGGGCCACUUGAUAUCCUUGGAGCCAUCCUUAUGGUCAGCAGGACCCCCGAGGAUAGUUUUGUCCAUCCCACAUUGCCUGGUAAGCUCUUCAGAGGUUGGGGUAGCUCAGGACUGACUGCCAGGGGAGGCCUGGACAGCGGGUUUGCAUGCCUGUAUGUCACUUGCCAUGAGGGUCUACAUGAAAAUUCAUACCUGCUUUUGCCUGUGUACAAACCUAGAUUGAAGUUAAUCACAAUAAUAAACCACACUCAGUAAACCCAUCAGAUGAUUGAUGAAACAAACUAAACUAAAACGUAAAACCUAACUACUCAUUUUUCUUCAAUUCAGACUUUAAUUUUCUCUACCAAAGACAGUUGAUAAACACUUCUAUGUUAUGUCUCCUUUUUUAAAAAGAGACAGUAAUAGUUGAUCUUGUAAAUUAUGCUUUUGCCA